AUGAAUGAAGAAGACAAGGAGAAUAUGACAUUUAUCACACAAGAUGGUCUGUGGGAAUUUAAUGUGCUACUACAAGGUGUUAUGAACGGUCCACCAACAUUUCAACGGGUUAUGCAUAAUUUGAUUGGGGAAUGGAAGAUGGGAAUAUGUUCUAGUUUAUCUCGACGAUAUCUUGAUCUACUAGAAAACAUUUGGCGAACAUAA